AUUAUUUUGAAAUAUGGAAACCAUGAGUGUUUUUAUGAAAAAAUGAAAAAAAAUGAGAAAUUAACCAUCAACUACCAAGUAUCAAGUACUCAACAAGGAGAAGAGAUGUUAUUUGUUUCUUUUGAUGUCUGGGAUCCAGAGGAAAAGACAAUGACGUCAGACCAUGAUUUAUCAUAUAAUGAGUAUUCCUUUACAGCAGAUAUUAGUGGGAAGUAUAAAUAUUGCUUUUUAAAUAAGGAGCAUAGUAAUAUAGACAUUGAGCUGUUUUUUAAUGUCCAUCAUGUGAAGAAUACACGUAUUUCGGAAGAUGCGUCUAGUUUCAAUAAUGAAGUUGUAUUUCUUAAUGAAGUUUUGAUGGAGAUAAAAGAUGAGCAGGAAUAUUUGAAGGCACGUGAAAAAGUACAUAGAAGUAUAGCAGAAAAUACAAAUUCUCGUGUUCAGAAUUGGAAUAUUUUUCAGAUAAUUAUUCUUAUUUGUCUUGUGCUUUUUCAGGUGUAUUUUCUAAGAAAGUUUUUUGAAGUUAAACGAAUCAUAUAA